UUUCCCCAUAAAGUGACAGUGACGUUUCGUUACUGUCAAAUCGAAUGGAUUUGUUGAGUUUUUGUGCACGUUAAUUAGAAAAAAAAUAAGUUUUUACUUUUAUAAAAUUAGUUUCCAAUAAGCUUAACCAUGUCCGAGAAUAGGGAAGAGAUCCUGGCCGAUUUCCAGGCCUGUACGGGGCUCGAGGACGUCGCCGAAGCGAUUUACCAUUUAGAAGAGACCAACUGGGACCUUUUGAGGGCGGUGAGCAGAGUAAUGCCGCCCGACACCCAAUCGUUUCACGGUAGAAGAAACGAUCCGGACGUGAUGAUCGUCGAAAACGACGAUGACGCGGACGUACCGCCGGCGGUACCUCCACCGCCCGCGUCCGCAUUCAAACCGGUCCAGAGCGCCACCGAUCGCAUGAUGGACAUCGGGAACCAUCACGUCCACGGACAUCCGCCGGCCAAAAAGCGGGAAUACUCCAUGUCCGCCACGUCGUCACUUCCGAAUUUUGGGGCGGGCACUUCCGGUAGCAGCAGCGGGGGCGGCGGUGGUGGCUCCAAGGACCCCCUCAUGCUCACUUUUAAAAUCAUGUACUGCGACCGGGUUAUCAAGAUUCGACUGCCGGAUUCCGCCAAUUUAAGUGAUUUAAAGCAAAGGAUACAGAACGAGGUUAGUGUGGCCCCUUGUAGACAGACCCUGUCGGGGUGGGCCCGCAUUCAGGCUUACGAGAAAACGCCCUUUUCACAGUUAAUGUUGCCGCGGGAAAAUGAGCUUUUUCUCACCGUGAAAUCGCUUAAUGACGGUGUUACCGCCGAAGAUGACAAUGAAAUGAGCCAGAAACUGAACGGCACCUACACGUUACACAUCAAAUUCGAGAACAAAACUUACGAUCUAAAGUAUCAGGGCACGAAACCGAUCCUGCAAGUGAAAACGGACAUUUAUUCUUUAACGAAUGUGCCGGUGAGACAUCAGGUGUGGACGGGCUGGCCUCCCAAUAUAGACGAUAACACUUUGCUGGCCCUAUCCGGAAUAAGUUAUCCGGCCCACGAGUUAACGGUACGUAAAAACCCGAAUGUGCGAGAUCGCGAAAAGAAAUCCAUGCCGAAAAUAGUUCAUCUGGACAGCGACGACGAGGAAUACGAGGACGCCUCGGAGAGUUUCAACGUCGACGACGAAUAUUUCGUCGAUAACGAGAACACCGCUAGGAAACAAGAGCCUUUGAUACCGGACAACGUGGAAGACGAACUAGUAGGCACGGUGACUUUUAACGAGCGAUUUACUGCCAGAUACGGACCCAUUCAUCCGAUGUUCUUCCAAGGUACCCUGGAAGAUGCCCUUAAGGAGGCAUGCAAUAAACCUGCCAAAGAUAGAAAAAUCCUGGCGAUAUACCUGCACCACGACGCCAGCGUGCUCACCAACGUGUUUUGCACGCAACUCUUGGGCUUCGAGAGCAUAAUGGAGAUAAUCGAGAAAAAUUUCGUACUGUGGGGCUGGGACAUCACGUUCGAGAGUAACAGACAGAAAUUUUUCGGCGCGUUGGCCAACUGUUUGGGCCCCACCGCCCCUUUAAGCUUAAGGAAUAUCCCGGUGGAUCGGCUGCCCGCGAUGGUACUUAUCAUGAAAAUACGAUCGGCCACCGAGGUUUUUAACGUUAUUAAUGGAAACGUGGGCGUCAACGAGUUACUAUCGACCCUAAUCGAAUGCGUGGAGGUGUUCGGCGAACAUCAAAAGGUCGAGGCGAAAGAGGAAGCGGAACGGGCCGAAAGGGAAUUGGUCAAGUGGGAACAGGACGAGGCGUAUCGAGCCAGUCUGGAGGCGGACCGGAAAAAGGAGGAAGUGAGACAGAGACAGGAGCGCGAAGAACGCGAGACGAAGAGACGGAUAGAGAACGAGUUGGCGGAAACGGCGGCGCGAAAGGAGGCGCACCGCCAAGAAGUAGAGGGGCGGCUGCCGGUGGAGCCCCCUGUCGGCGCCGGGGAACAGACCAAAAUCAGGUUUAGGCUGCCCGAGGGGGAGAAUAUCGAGAGAAGGUUCACCGCCGAUACGCCGUUAAGGGUUUUACUGGAUUUUAUGAUCGUCCAAGGGUAUCCCACCGAAGAAUAUAAAGUUAUAUCGAGUUGGCCUCGAAGAGACUUGACUGCGCUUGACGACCGGCAAACGCUGAAAGAACUAAAGCUGUGUCCACAAGAAACUGUGAUAUUAGAAAAACGUUAAUUUAACUGAAAGACGUGCGUCUCGUAACCUUUUAAUGAAUUAUACGUUUUUAGGAGCAUUUAAUUCUUCAAAUUGUAUAGUUAGUUUAAUAUAUUUCUAAUUUAAUUGUAGAACUUAUUCGAUUUUGUCAAGGUAUUUUAAGUAAACUUACAAGAUUUCAUGUA